AUGACAAUAGCAAAGGUCUGCCGAAGCGAAGCAGGCUCAGACCUUGGAAUCAUCUGCGGGUUCCUGGGGGUUUUCCUCUUCCAUGGACUAGGAAGGGCGGCCGAACGCCACUUCCCGCGUGGCCGUCGCCAGGGUCAGUCUGUUCAAGCCGCAACCAACCACAGGCCUCGGGGCCGCGCCGCUGGUACCGAUCCCUCGACAUCCCCGUGGUCCCCCUUCUUCCGCUCGCGGGGCGCUUUUAAAGCCUUGCCAUCUUCCGUCGCCGAUUGGCAGAUGUCCAAAAUGAAACGAAGCCUCUCCCGAAGGGACACUUGGGGGCCCAAAAGCCAUGCCAGUUCCCCCGGUGUUUCUCAAAACAGGGACAUAUUCGGAUCAGUUGGUCCUUCUCGACUUCUAUUGGUCACCCUUGAAGAGCCUUAA